GGUGGCGAGCUUGCAUUCUCGCGAUGCUUGACUUACAAGGCCGCAACAUACGGGCAGUAGAUGCCCCUUCUUUCUCUGCAGGCCCAAGCCAUCGAUGCUUCUCUCCCACCGUGAACAGGCUAGCCAGAAGGGCCCCUCGAACUAGACAUGUAGCCAUGGCCAAUAUCGCGAACAGACUAGAAUUCACGAAGUACCAGGGGCUGGGGAAUGAUUUCAUUCUGGUUGACAACAGGCACCAGACAGACCCACUUGUGACUGCAGAACAGGCGAAGUUUGUGUGUGAUCGCAAUUUUGGCGUUGGUGGAGAUGGGGUCAUAUUUGCCUUGCCGCCAGAGGGUGAUGUGGAUUACACUAUGCGCAUAUUCAACUCCGAUGGAAGCGAGCCAGAGAUGUGCGGCAACGGCAUCAGAUGUCUAGCUCGAUUCGUGGCGGAAAAGGACAAUGCGGGCCCUGUGACGCACAGAAUACACACCCUUGCAGGACUGAUCCAGCCGACCUUGCAAGAGGAUGGGCAGGUCUGUGUGGACAUGGGUGCACCAAUUCUGGCGGCCCCUCAGAUCCCCACCACCCUGCAGCCCACACAGGGCGAGGCUGUUGUGCAGGCCAAUCUGGCUGUCGAGGGGCGUGAAUGGCUCAUGACUUGUGUCAGCAUGGGCAACCCCCAUGCAGUCACUUUCGGCACAGCAGAUGGCCAGACCAUCAAGGUGGAUGAGCUGGAUCUGGCCCACAUUGGGCCGAAGUUUGAGAAGAAUGCUGUGUUUCCAGCAAGGACAAACACAGAAUUUGUUGAGAUUCUCAAUCGCGGGCAUGUGCGAAUGCAUGUCUGGGAGAGAGGCGCAGGUGCCACGCUGGCUUGUGGAACUGGUGCUUGUGCCACAGUUGUUGCUGGUGUGCUGGAGGGAGUCCUGGACCGCACCUGCAGGGUGGACCUGCCAGGCGGCCCUCUAAUGAUUGAAUGGCGAGAAGCGGACAAUCAUGUGUACAUGACAGGUCCAGCAUUGCCAGUCUUCACAGGCAACAUGCAGUUGCCUUGACCAUUGAUAACUUAUUACCUAACAAUUACUUAAAUGUGAAUCACAUUUCUGCUCUUUAACCAGUUCAAUUCUGCAAGUUCUUGCGAUGCAAAUAUCACACCUUGAAUGCAAAGGCAUCAAUAAAGCAAUCAAAUCUUCUGCACUGUCUCUCUUGCGUUGUGAAACCGUUAUGUUCGUUUAUGCUUCAAAAAGUCUUGCAAGUACAGUUCU